AUGUCCUCCCCCACACCACCCCCUGCGGCACUGCCCUCGCUCGCUACCACACCGCUGGAACCGCCGCCUGGGGAUGCCGAAGCCGCGUUGCACAAGGCGUCUUCACCCAAGGCGUCCUCUUCGAAGGCUUCCUCGCCCAAGGCAUCUUCUCCCAAGAGCGCUUCGCCAAGGGCCGCCCAUUCACUGCAACAUAUUCUCAAUCCCGUCGACGACGAAGACGUACCGGAGCCAUUACAGGUUGAUGACGCCUAUGGCCCCGACGACAACGACAACGAUUCGACGUACGGCUCAGACAGUGCGACAAACUACACUGGCUCUGUAUCCUCUUCUAUCUAUCACUACCAGUACGAGAACGGUCGGCGAUACCACGCCUAUCGCGAGGGCCAAUACGUACUGCCCAACGACGACCAAGAGCAGGAGCGUCUCGACCUGCAACAUCACAUAUGGCGCCUCCUACUUCGCGGCAGCCUGUACACGGCGCCUCUGCCCUCGCCACCAGCAGAAGCCGAGGAUCCGCCAGCCGACGGAUCCCUCCGCAUUCUCGAUCUCGGCUGCGGUACCGGCAUCUGGGCUAUUGACAUGGCCGAUGAAUUCCCACACGCCCACGUCUACGGCGUCGAUUUAUCUCCGAUCCAGCCUGAUUGGGUGCCGCCAAACUGUAAGUUCCACGUCGAUGACUACGAAGAUGCCUGGACCUAUGGCCCCGACGAGCGAUUCGAUUACAUCCACGGCCGUGCCUUGUCGGGCACCUCUGGUGACUGGGCACGCUUUUACAGCAACGUGCGCGAGCAUCUAGUUCCUGGCGGGUACGUCGAGAUGCAAGAAUACGAUGCCUGGGUUUUCAGCGACGACGACAGCAUGGCCCGCGCUCCGUGGACAACUGAAUGGGUUGAGAAGCUUGACAAGGCGUCCCACAUGUUUGGCAAGCCCAUCAACAUUGCGCGUUUCCACAAACAAUGGAUGCAAGAUGCUGGGUUCGAGGACGUCAAAGAAGUCGUAUAUCGCAUCCCCAUCGGACCCUGGGCCAAGGAUCCAGCCCUGAAAGAACUAGGACGAUACGAGCUCACGCACAUGCAAAUGUCGGUCGACUCGCAUACGCCAGCGCUGUUCACGCGGGUUUGGAACUAUUCACAGGACCAGGCAGGCGUCUUGAUGGAGGGCGUCAAGAGGGAGUUUCGAAGUAAGGAUUUGAGGCUCAUCACUUGCUAUCGCUUCAUCACCGGAAGGAGACCCCUGUCAGACGGCGACGUCAAUGUCUGA